AUGAAAAAUCAUGAAUCACGUCCGACUGGCUCUACUCCAUUCCCUGAAGCGAAUGUGACAUCCCAUAAUAGGAAAGAAAAAUAUCGUGCCAACAAUAGUGGUCGAGGACGUGGUCAAGGACGUGGUCAAGGACGUGGUAAAGGACGUGGACGUGGACGUGGAAAUGGAUAUAGUCGAGGUCGAGGCCAAGGUGGUUCUUCCAAUAAACCGUAUCCCCACCAGAAGUGGGACAAUAAAGAUGGUAACAAACAAGAGAAAGAUAAAAGCGAAAAUGUGACCAAUGUAUGUUAUCGAUGUGGAGGAAAAGGUCAUUGGUCUCGUACAUGUCGUACACCAAAACACCUGGUUGAGCUCUAUCAACAAUCAUUGAACCAAAAGGGAAAGAAAGUAGAAACAAAUCUUGUGUACGAAGAUGGCGAAGGUGACUUUGGUUGUGGCAAUACAACUCACCUGGAAGUUGCUGAUUUUCUCACCACCCCUGAAGGGAAUAAUUAA